CGGAGCAGCUGAAACGGCUGCGGGGCUUCCUCCAGGCAAACAAAGAUCUAGGAGAGGAGUUCUCCUCCGAGCUUCAAGCUAUCGACUCUCUGGAGGCAAAAGGAGGAGAAGAGGGUUAAAAGAGAACCAGACAGAGUGCCUUCACCUCCACCUGCAGAGAGCGCGGCAGAUGGGCACCUGGCUCUGAGGGCGCCAUGGAGACGGAGGGCGCCGCCGUUCGCUCCAUCUACUACGGCCGUAUCGGGAGCAAAGUCACCGAGAAGCUGCUGGAGAAGUUCGGACGCGACGGCAGCUUUAUGCUGAGGGACAGCGAGACGGUGCCCGGGGCCUACUGUCUGUGCGUGAGGAAGGCGCCCUUCGUACACACCUACAGGCUGGAGCGCGGCGGCGGCGGCGGCGGCGGCGGCGGCGGCUGGUACCUCCAGGAUACAAGAGGAAGACUGCUGAGGUUUGGGACUAUUGAGUCGCUGAUCGAUCACUACAGAAGCCACCCGACUUCCCAUCAAGGCGUAGCUCCCCUCAUCCUUCCUCUGGAACGAGCGACGGUACCGAGCAACUGGAUUCAAGGACUCGUCUACAUGGAGAUGAACGGCGGCCAGUCUGGCCAGUGAGACCCCGUCGCCACGCCGACCGCUCUCGGAUCAUCUUCUUCCAUCUGUUGCUUCAGCUGAAACCUUUCCAUAUUUAUUUUUGUAUUUUCUGAUAUACAUUUUGAAAUAAAUGUAAAUGUUCUGGGAAGAUCUCUGAAGAGUGUAUGUUUUUUUGCUGGUGUGUGUGGUGAAGUUGUUUCUGCCUUGAAUUAAUGCAGCGUAAUUACGGGGCGUAAUCCUUUUGUCUGAUCUCCUGUGGUUUCCUCUCUGCAGACCUGCGUUCUUUAUCUGAGCUCCAUCGCUGCCUGUCUGCGCGAGGCGGCUUCGGCUCGCAUCCCCGACGCUUUUCUUCAGAUUUCACAGCAAAGGGAUUUCCUGUGUGCUUUAGCUAAUGGCUCUGUUUUGAACCUCUUUAUGUCUGCGGUUCACUCUCCUCCAUCUUAUCUGAAGGCAUCAGAAAGGCUACAGCAGUGAAGGAAGCGGAGGAGCGCACGGCGGGUGCACGCGCGCGUGCGAGCUGCGGGACAAGCUGUUUCACCGCAAGAGUUUUAAUUGUUCGUUUGUGCACCACAAGCCUCCACUCGCUUGUGGUAUCAGGUAAAACAAAACAAAACAAAAAAAUUUGAAGCUUUUGCAUUGGACUGCUCGUUUGCAGGGCAUGUGUGGUUUUAUUUACUUCCUUUUUGUUAUAUGAACAAAUUAAUUAUCGAGGUGUUGAAUUUGUCACCUAAACUUUUAGCUUUUGCUGCAUGCAACUGGCAUUUAAUACAGUAAAGAAUUUCACCGGACUUUUUCCCUUUUGUUUUUUUCCUUGUAAAGUCCCUUGAGACAUUUUAUUUUCCAGAAGCAUAAACAUGUCAGAAGUCUCCAAAUGGUUCAAAUUUGGGGUGAAGAAUUUGCAAUAAAAUGUUGUGCCGUUGUGUUACCCCACACCACUUUCAGUUUGUUGAUUUUGGCCCCCGGUCUGUGUAAACAUUUUGGACACCACUGCUUAUUUUGGACACCAUUUUGGACACUAAGAGCUUAUUUACAUCAAUAGCUUUUCAAAAAGAAUAGUCUAAUAUUUUUUAAAUAAAGCCUUUUCUGUUUUAUUGAACAUUGUAAGGAGUACAAGUUUUGCAGAACAUCAAAAUAAACACUGGAACAAUCUCAGCUUAGAACACACGUGCAAAAAUCAAACGACAAAACACUCAAAACAUGUGCAAACAAACAAUAUCCGAUAUGUAACAGAGUUUGUACAACUCCAGGUCAGUAUUUAGUUCCAGUUUAUUUUGCCAUCGCAGCCCUUCUCUGUUGGCUUCUCAGUAAAAGACGUAAAACCUCCACUGAACUACAAAAAAAUCCUCCACCAUGUUUCACAAAUUGCUUGUGUACCGGUGGCCUCUGUGUGUUGACAAGGGUUUAAAUUACAAUGUUCUAAAGUAAUAGACAAACCCAGAAGUACUGCGCCCGAUCGUUUUAACUGAGCGUAUUGUUUUAUUUCAGAUCAUCUCAGUCAUUUCUCCUUGUGGAGUUUUUCAAAAUUAACCUCUAGCCAACAGGUUACUUUAAAAUUGUUUUUUUUUUUUUUUUCCCCUUGAGGAAUAAU